AUGUUUUCUUUUUUAUGGAUAUUUAGAAGGCGUCGACCACGUCGCAACGAUGAUGAUAAUGAAAAUGGAUCUAGUUAUUUGUUCAAUGCUUGUGGUCGACCAGUUGGGGAGGUGAAAGUGAUUAAUUUGAACCAUAAGAGCAAGAUGCAAAUACAUCGUUAUGUGCUAACACAAUUUCAAGAGUUACUUCAACCAUUUGAAAGGUACCAAAUAUUGAUGAGGCCAAUCCCGAGGAAGAUUGUUGAUAGCAUUGGUUAUGGUCCAAGUCUAUAUGCUAAAAGAAUGAAGGUUUCAUCACCGCUACUAGCUUGGUACCUACAGUUACCAAGAAAUAUGAUCCCAAAGCUUUACCUCUUGAUAAGAGGUUUAUGUCUCGAACCUUCAACACCUCAACUAAUACUCCAACACAAGAUACCGCUACUAGCUUGGUACCUACAGUUACCAAGAAAUAUGAUUCCAAAGCUUUACUACUUGAUAAGAGGUUUAUGUCUCGAACCUUCAAGACCUCAACUAAUACUCCAGCACAAGAUCCCGCUACUAGCUUGGUACCUACAGUUACCAAAAAACAUGAUCCCAAAGCUUUACCUCUUAAUAAGAGGUUUAUGUCUCGAACCUUUAAUACCUCAACUAAUACUCCAGCACAAGAUCUCGUUACUAGCUUGGUACCUACAGUUACCAAGAAACAUGAUCCCAAAGAGCAAGAUGAGCCUUUAAAGAGCAAGGAUGUUGUUGAAGAGACAUGUAAGGGAAAUGAAGAUCCCAAAAAGCAAGAUGAGCCUUCAAAGGAAAUGGAGAUAAUACUUCCUGGGAGAAGAAAACAAGUGUGGAAGCUAGGGGGUAAUGUUCAUUGGAAAGAAAAUAUAGAUGUGGAUCCUGAUGAGGUUGUCCAAGUAGAAGGUAUACAUACUUGAAUGAUCAUAAUAUGCAUAUUUGAUACAAAUUGUGUAUUUAUUAUUAACUGUUUUUUUGAUUGAGCAAAGACAACAGAGAAUGAGCCUCCCAAAUUAGAAAUAAUAGAGGGGACUAUAGUUGCUAAGCAUGUUUGGUGCUUACCAUCAGGAAGAAGGAUCAUUGUUCAUUUUAAUGAAUAUACUCAACCAAUUUGAAGGGGGGACUUGUACUUGUUCAUUUUCUGUCUGAAUUGUCAAAAGAUGGAACCUUUUGUCCACUUGGAGCACAAAAUUGGAAGCGUGUUGAUAAUCAUUACAAGCAAAGGAUCAUUAAAACGGUUUGGGAAUGCAUUAAACAUUCUUUAUUAUUAUAAUUUGAUAUUACUACAGUUGGAUGAAGUAGAUAUGAUAAUGACUUAUAUAAAGUUUUAUAUAUUCAUGGGGAGUUUGGUAAUUGAGGUAAUCUCAUAUUUGAAAAUAAUUGUUGGCCUUGAAUCACAAAUGGGUAGUAUGUAUUUUGGCUAAAGUUUGUGCAUUUUGUUUGAUUUGUUGUAGAUUUUUGCAGCUGAUGUUCAUGUUAUAACCAACAAAUCAUCUUUUGACAAACUUUUAACUUUUAAAUUUUGCUCUCUUAAACAUCGAUAAAUAUAUGUGUAUGUGAAUGUUGAUCAAAUUAGGCACCUAUGUUGUUUGGACUUUUUUGACCAAGCUACAACUUAAGGUCAAAGCUACAUCAGCGAAUGUAUGUGCGUAUAUGAAUAUCAAAUGCUAAUACUUUUGUGGAUAUGAUUGAUUUAGUAUGAUAUUCGUUAGUAAUUAUGUAUCUUUGAUGAAUUUAAUGUAGAAUGGAAAAUAAAUACAUUUUCAACGCUUGUAAAUGUCAAAAGCAUAUAUCUAGAUAUCAAGGGCUUUAAAAGGUUUUAUUUUCAUUUAGACAUAUAAAAGCGCCUAAAAUAUUAAGCACUAUCCACAUGAAAAAGGGUCUAAAAAAAUCAGCAUUUCUACACAAAAAAGCGUCUAAAAACGUGAAAUUGUGGUAUGGAUGUAAGGCGGGAAAUCUUUUUCCCCACAGUAAAAAGCGUCAGAAAAUAGAUAUAACAUCCACUGGAAAAAGAAUCGAGAAAAAAGCGUCUAAAAUUUGUAACUGUAGUUUUUUAGAUGCUUCGUCAAGCGUCGAAAAUAUAGUUUUUGACGGUUAAAACCGUCGAAAAAAACCAUAGUUUUUCCGUCUAAAAGCUCCGUGUUUUUUAGUAGUGAUAUAAUUAAGAGAAAAUCUACUACUUCUAGUAGGCACUUAUAUCAAGAAUAAACAGCUGCACCAAAAACCUUCUUAUAAUUUUUUUAAUUAAAUAAAUAAUAAAUAUAACAUAAAGUAUAUUUGAAAUAAUAAAUAAUACAAUUAUGACAUUUAUAGAAAUAACAUGCCUUCAUGUUGUGUGGAAAACUUGUAUGAUAUUGUUGUAAAAAAAAUUAAAUUGUUUAUAACAGAGAGAAGAAAGUUUUGAGAGAGUGAGUGAAGUGCGUUUAGUUAAAGUUGA